AUGCAGGUGAUUGUCAUAACGCAUGCGUACGAGCCAGACCGGGCGGGUGUGCGGUACCUGCCGGGGGGCAUGAAGGUGUACUACGUGUCGUAUGGCGUGCUUGUGCGGCAGGACACACUGCCGAACUUUUUCGCGCUCAUGCCAGUACUGCGCUCGAUCCUCGUGCGUGAGCGCAUCGAGCUUGUGCAUGCGCACCAGGCGCUCUCGAACAUGGCACACGAAGGCCUGUUCCAUGCCAAGUGCCUGGGCCUCAAAACCGUAUUUACGGACCACUCGCUCUUUGGCUUUGCCGACGUGGGCAGUAUUUUGACCAACAAGCUUCUGCGCUUUGCGCUGGCGGAUGUGGACCACGUCGUGUGUGUGAGCCACACAGGUCGCGAAAACACAGUGCUACGUGCGGCGCUCGAUCCGCGGGACGUUUCGACGAUCCCCAACGCGGUCGAUGCGCGCCAUCUAUACCCGGCGCCGGCGCGCCCAACGACGGACGGCCAAGUGUGCAUCGUGGUGCUCAGCCGCCUCAUGUACCGCAAAGGGAUCGACCUGCUCCUACAGACGAUCCCGACGCUGUGCGCACGCGAUGGUCGCAUACACUUCGUGAUUGGCGGCGACGGGCCCAAGUACGUCGAGCUCGAGCAGAUGCGCGAGCAGCACAUGCUACAGGAACGCGUUGAGCUGGUCGGCGCCGUGCGGCAGCGCGAUGUGCGCGAGCACCUGACGCGCGGCCACAUUUUCCUCAACACGUCGCUCACCGAGGCGUUCGGUACGUCGAUCAUCGAGGCGACGUGUGCGGGUCUGUAUGUCGUCACGACGCGCGUCGGUGGCAUCCCUGAGCUGCUGCCGCCAUCGAUGAUGCGCCUGGCCGAGCCGAGUGCCGAUGCCAUCGUCGAGGCAACACUCGAAGCUAUUGCGCAUAUCCGCGCGGGCCACCAUGAUCCCGCGCAGCAGCACCGCCAGGUGGCGGCCAUGUACUCUUGGGCCGAGACGGUGCAGCGCCUCGAGAUGGUCUACGCACGUGCCAUGGCGCGGCGGCCGCGCACCACGACGGAGCGGCUGCAGCGCCACCUCGCGCGGGGCGGGCCCAUCGGUGGCCCCAUCAUAUGCAUGGUUGUGGGCCUCCAGAUGAUCAUCGCCGUCCUCCUAGAGUGGGUGCUGCCUCGCGAUCACAUAGAAUGUGUGGAUUAA